UAAAGCGCAUCACAGUAAAAGCGCGUUCGUGCCUCCUCCGCGGGGAGUAGCACCGCGGCUACAGCCACAGCCCGACGCUGAUAUUAUAAAACACGAGUGAAUCGUGUUGUCGAUGUGUAAAUGCCCAUUUGGAGAUUACAAUGAAUAAAUAUGAAUUUCAAGAGAAACUUGUCUUUUUAAUGUUGAUCCAUCAUAAUUGAUAUUUAAUUGUUGUUGAAUUUGUUUGAAGCCACAAGCCGGGUGGCAUGUACUCUGUCAAGCGUUUAGAGGACGAGUGCUGAGAGCCAUGUGAAUGAACCACGAGACGUGAGUGAGACGACAGUGACACGCGUGGUUGUCGUGGUUGUCGUCAUUAAAUAAAGAAAAAGAAAAACGUAGAAAAGGGGGAAGGGGGUGACGGUUCUUCAAGUGAGUGGAUGAACGAGGGGAAUAACAACUGGGAAGAGGGAGGAUUGAAAAACCGAGUGAAAUCCAGUGAAGUGCAUCGUCGAAAUUAUCGCCCAGUUUUUUAGUUUUUUUUCUUUCUUGUUGUUGAGGGGAGUGAAUGUCUCUCAUUCCACAUGUAUCUGACAACGUUACGCACCAUGUGCGUCGUCUGACGGAAACGUAGUGCUACGUCAACGUGGGUUUUUUCAUUCAUUUCUGAGGGGAAUCGAGGUAUCGCCAUGGAUUUUCCAAUUUUUUUCCUGGUGAUUGUCUGCGCGGGAGUAUCAUCAGUGGAGGUGCACUUCGAGAAUAAAGACGGUGGUUUCUUUUUGAAACACACGCCACGCCAGUACUAUCCAUCACGCCUAGACACGGCAAUCGGUUCAAUCCCAGCGGGAGGUAUAUCCAAUCCGCCAUCAUCAACGGAGUCAAUCCUAUCAGUAGACAAGUUCACAGUAUUUCAGACAAGCGAGCCAGCCUCAGUUCGUGCGACCUACGGUCCCUUUAGCACCAAGCAAACAGUGCCAGCGCGUUACAUAGUUCCUGAUGCCCUCGAGGCGUUGCCAGGACCCGAAGUAAAAAGAAAUGUGACCUCGUCAAACGCAGCGCUGAUGGACGCCCAGGAGCUUGGAACCCGUCACCUUGACAUGUCAGCGCACCUAGUUGGCACGAGUGUGGCGCGUGAUUCUCCAGUCCUCCGAGUGCUGUUUCACGCGGGGAGUGAGGCAGGUGGUAGACGUCAAGUUCUCCUGGCACGUCAUCAACGCAUCUGUGUGCUGUUGCACGCUAAUCUGCCUGGGAAGCCUCCGCUGUCAGCCGCAUGCAGCCCAGAUGGUGAGGAUGGUGUGUGCUUGGCGCAGAUAACGAUCCCAGCUGAUUGGUGGCCACCUCUGCCAGCACCAGAUGCCUCAGGUCGGAUGAAAAUCAUGAAAACACCACCCAGACUCCUCCAAGUGGCGUAUUCAGUCCUCGAGCCGAGGACAAUCGUCAUCGCCGACGAAGGCUCCGAUAAUUUCGGUGGCACCUCUAGGGCACAGGUCCAGAGUGACUCAUCGGCUGGGGGCUGUCGUCCCCGGGUGCAGAUUCAACCUGUCACACCUCUCGGCAAAGUGCCACUAGUCCCGAAUCGCACGGAUUACAAGGAAUUAAAGGCUGACGAGGCACUAACACUGCUUGUACCACAUGGCCCACUUUACCCCAGAUCAAGGCUUCAUGUGCCUGCUUUUCUUCAUCCCCAGAUUCCACAGGACUCGGUGACGUCUGUGGGUGAGCAGAGAGAGCUCACAGCGGGGACACCCGUCGUCGCUGUUGUUGUUAGGGCUCGUGUCAAGUCGGGCGUAAGAAUUUUAGAGGCGACAUCAAGCAACCCAAACUGGAUUCUUACAUCGGACAUUAAUGCCAAGAACACAGCUGCUACAUUCACAGUGAGAAGAAAGGAGAAUGCACCCCGGCCAUCAAAUACUACUGCAGAGGAGAUUAUGACGAUGCUCCUCGAGGCGAGUGAGGAAGCUGCUGGAAGCAGCAGUUGGGACGGUGGUAGAAUCAUGUGGAGUGUGCGAUAUACAUUGGAAGGUGAUGAGGAUGAUAUUGCAAUGCAGACUAGAACGGGACAAUCCACGGAAAAUGUGCAGUUUCAACGCCAACAGCAGCAGCAGCACCAUCAUCAUCAUCAUCAUGUUGAGAAGAGAAAGCUGCAGGCACGUUUGGAAAUACAAAAGGAUGACAUUCAGGCAGUUCUGCCCAUUUCCAAGAACUGGGAAGUUAUGAAUACUGCUGUACUUACGGGUCGACAAGUAUCUCAAGCGAUGAAAGUUUUCAUUGUCAGUCAGGCUGGCACUGUCGCCGAUGUGACAUUGCAGUCGUCCUGUCACUCCGAGGAUGAGAGUGUUCUCAAAGUCUCAUCGUCGUGCAGCAGUGUUUACGUAGAUGGAUCGGAAAUAAGAGGAUCGAGUAAUGCCUCUGUAAUUGUCAAAUACGGGACAUACACUGGUUUAGCGAGAUUUACCGUGUGGAUGCCCGAGUUUCCAUUGGAAGUCACUGUUUCUGAUUCACGAUUGAGCCAAAUCAAGGGGUGGAAAGUGCCCGAUGGCCAUCCAAUCCAGAAGAAUAAGAGGUCCCUAAACCACACAGAAUCUUCGGCCUACGAUAUAAAACGUAGAAGUGUCACGGGAAUGGACGAAGACGACGAAGAAGAUGUUGAUGAGGUCGAUGCAGAGAGAUUCCGCGUGGAGGAUCAUUGGGACUCGGUGAAUUGGAUUGAUCGUAGUUCCCUGCAGGCCACCUGUAGACUCCGCUUCCAACAGAGCCCCGUCGAGGUUCACGCGAGGUUCCUAGCAGCUGGACACGAUUCCGGCCGGGAAUCCUAUUUCGUUAAUCGUCGAACAUGGCUCAGAGUUACUGAUCUCAUUGUUGGUUUAUUGAGAGUGUCCGAUCCACGCAUCGCCACACUACUCCAGGACAGGAAUGUCCAGGGCAGGGGGGUGGGACGAACCGAGGUACAAGUGUUGUCACCGAUAACUGGAAGGGUCAUUGGAGCCAAGGAAAUUCGAGUGGGCAAUGAUCGGGUGUCUAUAUCACGUUUAUCCGUUAAAGUCGUGUCUGGAUUACAGUUGAGCAUCAGUCCAGACUCGGCUAUUGAGAAUGGCUACGUUGCGGAAACUUCUGUCACUAGGAGACUAACUGCACAGUAUCAAGAAGGACUUUUGGACAUUGACAUAGAGUUUUCCGACGGCACGAAAACACCACUCCGCGAGAUAUCAGUCUCGGAUUAUCACCUUGUUGUUGAGAGUCUCGAUCCCGAAGUUGUUGCCUUCGCCCCAAUGGUCGCGUCCCAUCAUCCCCGUGUGAUAGCAGUUGGUGAGGGACGUGGUGACUUGCUGCGUGUCAGCCUGCAAUUGUCGGAUGCCUGCAGAAUGUCACAAACAGGUAACCGAAGAUCCAAAAGCGCAUCAAGGCCAAACGGAGGCUCUCCGAACCUGGCAACUGCCACCGCAAAUGUUGAAGUGGAUUUUACCUCGAGUGACCUUCCCCAUCGACCGGAAUUCGUUCAGAACGAUGGUGGGGGCGCAGUUCAAGGCUCAUCCCAUCAUCACAGAGAGAGAAAAACGGGACGCGAGGUCGCACCAGAUUUACAUGACAUUUUGAUUGGUGGAGUGGGUGGAGUUGGAAUACAUCAUCACCCUGAAAAGCCAGUGACACCACUGGAAAUCGGGAUGUACGUACUCUUGGCGGGAUUCUGUUUCGCAAUAGUUGUAUUUGUGAUAUCCUGUGUGGUAUACGCGAAUAAAUUCAAGCCCCAGCCAUCGGAUUCACCGAUGCAGAGUCAUCCAGUAUUAGGUGCAGUGAGAGCGAGAGCAGUAGCAGCAAGCCAACAGUUAUCAUCGGGUCGUAGACCCCGUGAAUCCACCACCAAUGCACACGACUGGGUAUGGCUGGGCAGAGCUACACUGGAACGUGCUGCCUGUGCCCCUCAACAGGUACGCGUUACGAAUAAUCCACUGGCUGGUGAAAAUGAGGAUGAUACUGCUGUUGAGUUGGGCACUAGUUUUGAUAAUCCCAAUCAUAUAGAAUUGCCAACCUCUAGUCGUCCUGUUUCCUCGGUACCCAUUGAUACCACAACUUAUUGUAAACGGGAUAAACCGAGGAGUUUCUCGGGGAGUAAAGUGGGCGGCAAAAAUCAAGGGGAGAAACAACCUACUGGAGCUGUUACUGCGUCACCAAGGAAUGGAAACGAUAGUACAAAAGACACCCCUCCACCCCUUCCACCGCACGGUGCGCAAUCAUCACCCCCAGACAACGCCAACAACAACAAUAACAACGAGGAUUACAAGCCGCCAGUGCCACCACACCGAAACACUGGAGUAAAUGUACGUUUGCCAGAGACACCAAAGAAACAUGCCCACAGAGUAUCAGGCAGUCAUCACCCAGGUAAUCAUCGUCACGUGAAGCACCACCAUCACCACCAUCACCACGGCAAGAAUCACACUAAAAGUAAUAAAACCGACCAAGUACCGAGUGGAGUUGACAACAACGACGAGGAGUUGUUGGUUGAGUUGAGAAAUAAUGAGGAGAAGCCAAACAAAGAAGCCAAGUCAGCGAGAGAAAUCAAGAGAGCGACAAUAGUGGGUAAUCCAAUGUUCUCAUCAUCAAGUUCGUCAUCAUCCCAGGAGCACGAGGAGCCAGUGCCCCUUGAGGAUCUCAACUUGGGAAUGGAUUACAACCAGAUUAUGCAGUAUUUCGAUAAUCUCAAGGAAUCAAAUGCCUAGGUAUUGGCCUCUCUCUACGACUUGGUGGAUUCGGAAAGACCCAUAUGAUUACAAAUGCGUGGAGAGGGUAAUGUUCUUCCUUGAUCUUCCUUCCCAGAUAAUAAUUAAUGGUGAAUUUAAUUGGGAAUUAACAUCACGUGACUUUCUUCAUCUCUGAAGAAGGAUAUGGCAUACAUAUCCCCAAAAGUCGUCAUAUAGCAAACGUAUAUGUACGAUUAAAUAUAUUCUAGUCAGCUUCCUAGCAGCACUUAAAUUUAUGCGCAUGUUAACAACUUUAACCCUUCACUGGUACAUUAAUACCCAAGUCUCUCUGUAUUUCAUGUACAAAAAUAAAGUUGUUUCGUAAAUAUAUUAAUGAAAAGUCCUCUGCUCAAAUUUUACGUUUUUUUUUAUCUUUUGAUUUUAAUGAAAAGAAUAAAAUGGAGUGAAGAAGACUUGGGAAAUCAAUGUCGAGGAAUUCUUAUGAAAAACGUCUCAAUGGAAAACGUUAUAUAGAAAGAUGAAAUUCUACCGACAUUUUCUGCCUAUUGUCAUCCAUUGUUGUUGUUUUAUAGCUGAAAAAUUGGAGCACGAGUUUGAAUUUUCAUAGCAGUUUCACUUCUGAUUUCAAGUGACUCAAAACUUUUAACUAGAUAUUGAGAGGCUUCAAAAUCCCCGAGCAUUCGACACAAACUAUUGCGUUCACUCGUACUAUUGCAAAAUAUGGAGCACAAUUGGUAGAAUGCAUAAUAAAUCGUACAAGUUUUGAUAACAUUCAGAUGCAUAAUGGAAUAUCAAUAAUUACGACAAUAGCACGAUAAAUUACGAAGCCGUCACAAAUUGUUCAUCAGUGGAAAUAUGUAUCCAAAAGAUUUUCAGACAUGUCUAAAAAAAUGAAAACAAUAUUUACCUAAUUUUCAGGAAGAAACACAAAUCAGCGAAACGUGGCAAAAUGACAAUCAGAUAAAUGUUAUUUUCAUUUUCUUAAACAUUCCCUGAAAUCUCUUGAAUAUUUUUAUUAGCAACAAUGAAGAUGAAUUAGAACAUAAAUUGCAAAUAUAUAUUUUCUACGCUCAAAUAAUUGAAUAAUUCAUAAUUAAUAAAAAUUCAUAAGAAAAUAAAAAUGAUACCAGUUCAGGGUUAAAGAGACUCGGUGGCUUGUAAUUAGUCUGCGAUUCACAGUGCAUCUGUCGAUAGAUCUCAGAGUUCUUCCGUUAAAACUCAGCGCAUAAACACGAUUAAUUAGUCAAUGUUGAUUAGUAAAAAAACGACUGAUUAACUCUGUGUGUUCCUCGAGUCAUAUCACCUCCUGAAUUCUCUCAUAUCUAUCAUUCUUCCCCCCCCCCCUUCCCCCCCCCCC